AUGGCGUGGACCAAGUACCAGCUAUUCUUAGCCGGGCUCAUGCUCGUCACCGGCUCCAUCAACACGCUCUCGGCAAAGUGGGCAGACAACUUUGUGGCUGAGGGCUGUGGAGGGAGCAAGGAACACAGCUUCCAACAUCCCUUCCUCCAGGCAGUGGGCAUGUUCCUGGGAGAGUUCUCCUGCCUGGCUGCCUUCUACCUCCUCCGGUGUCGAGCUGAGGGACACUCAGAUUCCAGCGUGAACCCCCAGCAGUCCUUCAACCCUCUACUUUUCCUGCCCCCAGCCCUCUGUGACAUGACUGGGACCAGUAUUAUGUAUGUAGCUCUGAACAUGACCAGUGCCUCCAGCUUCCAGAUGCUGCGGGGAGCAGUCAUCAUAUUCACAGGCCUAUUAUCAGUGGCCUUCCUGGGGCGGAGGCUAGCACUGAGCCAGUGGCUGGGCAUCCUUGCCACCAUCGCAGGGCUGGUGGUCGUGGGCCUCGCCGACCUCUUGAGCAAGCACAAUGAUCAGCACAAGCUCAGCGAAGUGAUCACAGGGGACCUGCUGAUCAUCAUGGCCCAGAUCAUCGUCGCCAUCCAGAUGGUGCUAGAGGAGAAGUUCGUCUACAAACACAACGUGCACCCACUCCGGGCAGUUGGCACCGAAGGCCUCUUUGGCUUCGUGAUCCUCUCACUGCUGCUAGUGCCCAUGUACUACAUCCCUGCUGGCUCCUUCAGUGGGAACCCUCGCAAGUCGCUGGAGGAUGCAUUGGAUGCCUUCUGCCAGGUGGGCCGGCAACCACUCAUCGCCCUGGCACUGCUGGGCAACAUCAGCAGCAUUGCCUUCUUCAACUUUGCUGGCAUCAGUGUCACCAAGGAACUGAGCGCUACCACCCGCAUGGUGCUGGACAGCAUGCGUACUGUGGUCAUCUGGGCCCUGAGCCUAGUGCUGGGCUGGGAGACCUUCCACUCCCUGCAGAUCCUCGGCUUCCUCAUCCUCUUGACAGGCACUGCCCUGUACAAUGGGCUGCACCGCCCACUGCUAAGCCGUCUGUCUCGGAGCCGGGCCCCAGCAGAGGAGGGCGAACAUGAGAGACUCCUGGGUGGCACCCAGACCCCCAUCAAUGACACCAGCUGA